AUGUCCACUGGCAUUGGCCACUCGAUCCUGUUCCUUUCUGUGUCUGUACAGAACUAUGAUCUUGCUGUUUUUGUCUUCUGUUUUCUGCUCGAUUCUCCCUAUUCGUUUAAAAAUGCCUGUGAUACACAGUGUCCGCCGGGAUAUUGGCUCUACGGAAACUGUUCGCGUGGCCAGCCGACUGAAUGCAAACGCUGUUCCGAAGGCUGUCCAGCCGGAAUGUACAUCGCUAGACCUUGUACCGCACAUAGCGAUCUUGUCUGUAGAGCCUGCCGGCCCCUGUGCAUUUCGGAGGAGUUUGAAUUUACACCCUGCAAGGGCUCCAGCAACCGAGAAUGCAGACGGAAGGACAUCAUACCGGAGAUUGUAAUUCCUAACCAGCACAGUGUUUGGUUCGAGGACCAACGUUACGUCAAGGAUGUCUCCUUCAUUCUGACCCCUGAUACGCAACGGCGGUUGUUGGCCAACCGGUCUGUCAUAUUGGACCGAGGAUCUGGUUAUCAG